UGGAGACAGAGGGGGGCGGGGGAAGAGAGAGAGAGAGAGAGAGAGAGAGAGAGGCAUUUGCCACUCCAAUCAUUGUGAAAGCUGCUCUGAAUUUGAGGAACUUUUAUCGAGAGAUUUGGCCUUUUCUCGAUGCUUUGGCUCUCCAAGGCCUUGGGGUUCCUGUGAAUGUAAAUGCAUCAGAAGAAAUCGGAACUUCAGAUCGGAAAAGAAAGCAGCGGCGUCUCUUCCGAUUUCAACCCCUCCCCGCCUCUGCUCUUCCCCCUACCCCAGCCGCCCUUGCCGGCUUCCGACAUCUCGCCGCCCUCGCGUCUUCUCGCCGGACAAUUGCCCCUCCAGGAUGACUCAAUUGGCCCCACGCCAUCGUUGUCUUCAACGCCCAAAAGCACUGCUCACAAGCGGCCUAUCAUGAGCCAAACCAAUUCUAACCCUAAUCCGUCUGUGUCUUCCUCCAAUUCGGUCUCGAAAUCGGCCACUUUCUCCGACGCCCUUAAGCAGUACCCGUUUUCUUCGACUCCGCCUUUGAAAACGCACUCCUUGUUGAAGUUUCCGGGGCCCAAAGCAGUCGCCUCUAGCCUCCUCCACCGCCUCCCUCACCUCCGCCGCCUCCACGUCCACCUCCGCCUAAUCCUCCUCCUGUCCCUUCCGUGUUUCUACUUCCUGGUCUCUCAUCCGAGCCACUCGUUUGUGCUUGAUUUCCUCUCGGCCUUUCUCUUUUCUGCUGCACUCUUAUUCUCGCUUAAUCUUGCACUGCCUCGCCUACCCUCAAUUCGCCUUUUUCUUGGUCGAUCAUUCCCAAUUAAGCUCUCAUCCUCAACCCAGGUAUCCAGGCCGCCUUUGCCUGUGUUUUGGUCAAUUGGGUCGAGGCCAAAGUCGGAGAAAAAGGUAAAUUCGGGAUGUUGGUUUAAGGUUUAUAGCAACGGGGACGUUUAUGAGGGAGAAUUUCACAAAGGCAAGUGUUCAGGUAGUGGGGUUUAUUACUAUUACAUGAGUGGAAGGUAUGAAGGGGACUGGAUCGAUGGCAAGUAUGAUGGCCAUGGAGUCGAAACAUGGGCAAGGGGGAGUCGGUAUCGUGGGCAAUACAGGCAAGGCCUUAGGCACGGUUUUGGAGUGUAUAGGUUCUAUACAGGAGACGUUUAUGCUGGGGAAUGGUCCAAUGGGCAGAGCCAUGGGUGUGGAGUUUAUACCUGUGAGGAUGGAAGCAGAUAUGUGGGAGAAUUCAAGUGGGGUGUCAAGCAUGGGCUUGGUCAUUACCAUUUCAGAAAUGGAGACGUUUAUGCCGGGGAAUACUUCGCGGACAAGAUGCACGGAUUUGGAGUGUACCGUUUUGCAAAUGGGCAUCGGUACGAAGGAGCCUGGCAUGAGGGCAGAAAGCAAGGACUUGGAAUGUAUAGUUUCAGAAAUGGGGAGACCCAGUCUGGACACUGGAAUAAUGGGAUUCUUGAUAUCCCAAGCACACAGAGCACCACCCAUCCCGUAUCUCCUGUUGCAGUGUACCAUUCCAAAGUACUCAAUGCCGUUCAGGGAGCCAGGCGAGCAGCAGAGAAAGCGUAUGAUGCGGCCAAAGUGGAUGAGAGAGUGAACAGGGCAGUAGCAGCAGCCAACAGGGCAGCAAAUGCAGCAAGAGUGGCAGCAGUGAAGGCUGUCCAGAAACAAAUACAAUACGACAGUAACAGCAACGAUAUUGGUAUGCCGAUUGUGGAGGACUAGUGUGAUGUGACACAGUUAUGGCUUUAAUCAUGAGGGGUCUACCCACUUGGUAGAGGGAUGGAAGAGGAGGAUGUGUAUGUAAUUUCCCUUCUGUCAUUACAUAUUUGUUCUUUUGCAAUUUUCUUUUUUCUCUGCCAUAGAAGAUGCCACAAGGUAUCUUUUCAAGUAGGAGGAAAUAGCUGAAAUGAGUAGUAGCCCUUUUGUUUUCAUCUUCAAAAGGUGAAAUUCCUCACCUUAAGGGUUCUUUCCCGUUGGCCCCACAUAUAAAGAGAGGAGGUUAAUCACGGAACCUAGCGAUCAAGGAUCGAACACGAGAUCUCUCAUCAGCUAUAUAAUAGUUACAAUCCACCCGUCUUCAAGAAGUUCUUGCCCCCAAUCUCUGGGCUAUGCUCGCGGGGGCGUUUUGUUUUCAUCUAACUUGAUGUAAAGAUGAGAGAAACACACUGGCAUGCAAAUGUCUUCUUAUUUUUGGUUCUUCCUUAAACAUGACGUGCUGAAUCCUAGGGGAAAAAAAGAGACGCUAAUCCAGCUAGUGUUGUACUUUGGGACUGAUGAUGGAACUGCUAAAUUAAAAGUAUAUUAUUA